AAACCACGUUGAAACUUUAGCCACUAUUAACAAAGCGCGCGUCAUCUGCAACCUCUUCCACGAACUACUUAGCGUUUUCCCGCCUUUUUUACAGCAACAACAGUUGGUUAAUUGUGUAAAAAAACAUUAUCAACACAUUUUUUGUUGUUUUAUUUACGAUGUCUUCCCCAGCCCCCCAUCGUACCCCUCGCGCAAACCGCGACGAUGAUGCGCCCACUCCUCGGGGACGCAGACCUGCCGGGGGUCAAACCCCUCGAGGUCACCGCACCCCAGCUCGUGAGGACCCUCCCCAAACCCCAUCUCGGACCCCCAGACGGAACCCAACUCCUGCCAAAAGCGACACCAUUGAUACCCCAAUGCGUUGGGGCGGAGCCCGACGUGAUUUGGACGCCGACGGCGGGGAAAUCCCCUCGUCUCCGGCUGGGGUCACAAGCCCACCGGUGGCAAUGAGCGAGAUUGAUUUAUCUUCGCCACUUAAUUACGGGACUCCUUGCUCUUUGGGGUCCAUCAGGACCCCCAGAUCGGGGAUUAGGGGGACCCCAAUUAGGAUGCGGCCCGAUGUGAGGACUGAUCGGAGGAUGAGACAAGUUAAUGUCGGAGGAGAGUUGGAUCCGGUUGCUGAGGGUGAUGAGGGCAGUACAGCCCCGCAUUUGGUCAUUUGGGGCACUAAUGUCUCAGUUGCUGAAUGUAAAGAGAAGUUCAAACAGUUUGUUUUGCGGUUUAUUGAUCCAAAUGCGGAAGAAGAUGAAAGAACUGAUGAUAUGAAUGUUAACGAACCCUUGUAUUUUCAAAAAUUGGACGAGAUAAACACCCUCGAAGAGCCGUUUUUGAACGUCAACUGUUCUCACAUUGAGACUUUUGACGCCAAUUUAUACCGCCAAUUGGUUUCGUAUCCUCAAGAAGUCAUUCCAAUUUUUGACAUGAUGAUCAACGAAAUGUUUUACGAGCGUUAUCCUGCUGCUGAAUUGGAGCACCAGAUUCAAGUCCGGCCCUUCAAUGCGGAAAAAACACGAAAUAUGAGGGCCCUGAACCCUGAAGAUAUUGAUCAGUUGAUCACAAUCACUGGCAUGGUCAUCCGUACAUCGAAUUUAAUGCCUGAGAUGAGAGAGGCAUUUUUCAAAUGUAUAGUUUGUAACUUUACAACGACUGUGGAAAUUGACAGGGGGCGCAUUACCGAACCCACUCUUUGCACCAGUUGUAACACCAAUCACUGCUUUACUUUGGUCCACAAUCGGUCGCAGUUCACCGACAAACAGAUGAUCAAAUUGCAGGAAUCCCCGGACGACAUGCCUGCGGGCCAAACCCCGCACACCGUCGUCCUCUUCGCCCACAACGACCUGGUGGACGCCGUCCAACCGGGCGACAGGGUCACCGUAACGGGGAUUUACCGAGCGCAACCCCUUCAAGUGAACCCCCGACAACGCAACCUUCGCGCGGUUUACAAAACACACAUUGACGUCCUCCACUUCCGUAAAAUCGACACGAAACGCUUAUACGAAGAGGAGGACGGCAAAGACCAUCGUUUUCCACCCGAACGGAUCGAAUUAUUACAACUCCUUUCAGAAAAAGAGGAUAUUUACGAACGGCUAGCUCACGCUUUAGCGCCGUCGAUUUACGAAAACGCCGACGUCAAAAAAGGGAUUCUCUUACAACUGUUUGGCGGAACGAAGAAAAAAUUUGUUACGUCAGGUCGUACGAAUUUUCGGUCCGAAAUCAAUAUUUUGCUGUGUGGAGAUCCGGGAACCUCCAAGUCACAACUUUUACAAUACGUUUAUAAUUUGGUUCCCCGAAGUCAGUACACUUCAGGGAAAGGCUCCUCAGCUGUUGGUUUAACAGCCUAUGUGACCAAAGACACCGAGACUAGACAGUUGGUUCUGCAAACGGGGGCCCUAGUUUUGGCCGACAACGGCAUCUGUUGUAUCGACGAGUUCGACAAAAUGAACGACUCGACUCGCAGUGUCUUGCACGAGGUGAUGGAACAACAGACUUUGAGCAUAGCCAAGGCUGGAAUAAUCUGCCAGUUAAACGCCCGGACUUCAAUUCUCGCGGCCGCAAACCCGUCCGAAUCUCAAUGGAACAAAAAUAAAACCAUAAUCGAAAACGUGCAACUACCACACACUCUUUUAUCGCGCUUUGACCUAAUUUUUCUGAUUUUGGACCCCCAAAGCGAGCUUUUCGACCGAAAAUUAGCCUCGCAUUUGGUCUCACUCUACCACAAGGCGCCGCAGCAAAACGAUGACGAGAUUCUGGACAUGUCGAUUCUUCGUGAUUAUUUGGCGUACGCCAAGGAGCAUAUUCACCCCAAACUGAGCGAGGAGGCUUCCCAGAGGCUCAUCCAGGCGUACGUUGAUAUGAGGAAAGUGGGUUCAGGUCGGGGGCAAAUUUCCGCGUACCCCCGACAGCUCGAAUCACUGAUUCGCCUGUCGGAAGCUCACGCCAAAGUCCGUUUCUCGCAAGUUGUGCAAGUCGAGGACGUGGAGGAGGCCUGGAGGCUACACCGCGAGGCGUUGAAGCAAUCAGCCACGGAUCCGUUGAGCGGGAAAAUUGAUGUGGGGAUUUUGACCACGGGGUUGAGCAACGCGGCCAGGAAAAGGCGGGUGGAGUUGGCUCAAGCUAUGAAGAAGUUGAUUGAAAGUAAAGGGAAGGUUCCCACAAUUAAUUACCAGAAACUGUUGGCGGAGAUGAGAGAAGGGUCCAGUGUUAUGGUGACCAGGGAACAGUUCGAGGACGCCUUGAAGGACUUGCAGGACGAAGGGAUGAUUGUCGUGAUGGGGAGGACGUCCAUCCGGGUGUGCAAAAACCGGGAUUAACGCCCAAUUUGUGUAUUUUUAUUAAUAAAGCUUCUUUUUGCAAAAA